AUGUAGUAUUUAAGCAGGUGAACAACAACUAGACUCUGACGCACACUGCAGAUCCUUACUCCUCUGCGAGCUGCUUGCUUGCUGUGAUCGUUCAACCCCCACUCCAUCUGAAUCGUAUCGAGUCCCUUCAGGUCAGCCUGAAGGCCGGGCUCCGAUCAGCCAUGGCGAACGCGGCGUCCGGGGUGGCGGUGGCGGAGGAGUGCACGGCGCGGUUCCAGGAGCUGCGCACGGCGCGCGCGCACCGCUUCGUGGUGUUCAAGAUCGACGACUCCCUGGAGCGGGUGGUGGUCGACAAGGUGGGCGCCCGGGACGCCGUCUUCGGCGACCUCACCGCCAGCCUCCCCGCCGACGGCUGCCGCUACGCCGUGUACGACCACGACUUCACCGUCGGCGACGCCACCGCGCAGGGCUCCGCGGCCGAGGCGCCCCGCAGCAAGAUCGUCUUCGUGUCGUGGUCCCCGGCGACGGCGGACGUGAAGAGCAAGAUGGUGUACGCGAGCUCCUGCGAGGGGUUCAAGAAGGAGCUGGACGGCGUGCAGAUCGACCUGCAGGCCACGGAGCCCAGCGAGCUCACCCUCGACGUCCUCAACGACCACGUCUCCUAAUCGAUUGGUGGUGCUACUCCGAAAUAACGUACACGUACGCCGCAUAUAUACUUUGUGCACGGCGUGCAAUACAAAGAUGUGUGUGUGUGACUGUGUGUGUAUCCAUGUACGUACGGGUUGUCGUGAUUCCUGUGGAUUGGAUGUGUCUCUGCUAAAUAUGUUGCUAUGUUUUUUUUUUGAUGGGAUAAAUAUGUUGCUGUUACGUGCACGAAUAAAUUGACCGAUUGGUGAUGGUCCGGCUUGGGUUUU